CUUUCCGCAUAUUUCUCGCCCUGCAGCAAAUGGUUUCUUCCUGCGAGGCAAGGCGCUAGAUUUUCCCCGCCCACUCUCGGCCUUUCAGGCGCUCGGGUACGGUAGCCGCCGCCGAACAGGCCCGGGAGUGGAAAGCGCCCGGGCGGGAAGUGCCGGACGAGCUCACUGCGCGGACGCCGUGGGGGAAGCAGGGGUUCCCGAUCCAACUCCCCUCCUAAGUGAAGGUUUCCGCCCCUGGAGAGGAGGCGGCGCCGAGGAUCCGCCUUCGUCCACCAGCGGAGUGCGGGCGCCCGGACUGUCCAUUGUAGCCUGGAGGGAACAGGGUGGGUGUGGCGGAGCUACCUCCUCUGGGAACACUCUGGGGCCCGACCUCGCUCGCUCAUCCCGCAGAAGCUGCAACGCCAAGAUGAGCGGAGAGGAGAACCCAGCCAGCAAGCCCACGCCGGUGCAGGACGUUCAGGGCGACGGACGCUGGAUGUCCCUGCACCAUCGAUUCGUGGCUGACAGCAAAGAUAAAGAACCCGAAGUCGUCUUCAUCGGGGACUCCUUGGUCCAGCUAAUGCAUCAGUGCGAGAUCUGGCGGGAGCUCUUCUCUCCUCUGCAUGCACUUAACUUUGGCAUUGGUGGUGAUGGCACACAGCAUGUGCUAUGGCGGCUGGAGAACGGGGAGCUUGAACACAUCCGGCCCAAGAUUGUGGUGGUCUGGGUGGGUACGAACAACCAUGGGCACACAGCAGAGCAGGUGGUUGGCGGCAUCAAGGCCAUCGUGCAACUGGUGAACCAGCGUCAGCCCCAGGCUCGGGUCGUGGUGCUGGGCCUGCUUCCAAGGGGCCAGCACCCUAACCCACUUCGUGAGAAAAACCGACAGGUGAAUGAGCUGGUACGAGCAGCGUUGGCUGGCCACCCACGGGCCCACUUCCUAGAUGCUGACCCUGGCUUUGUGCAUUCAGAUGGUACCAUAAGCCACCAUGACAUGUACGAUUACCUGCAUCUGAGCCGCCUGGGCUACACACCUGUCUGCCGGGCUCUGCACUCCCUGCUUUUGCGCCUGCUGGCCCAAGACCAGGGUCAGAGUGUCCCUCCGCCAGAGCCCACACUCUAAGCUUCUGCUUUCCUGCAACAUUAAAUUCUUGUUCUUCAGU